ACAAAUUUCUCUUCUGAUGCAUGUGCUUUGCUGGGUCCCAACCAGAGCUGUCGGUCUCAGCUUGUUGUCUGGCUGCAGCUACAAGGUACACAUGUUCUGGCAGUGGCUCUCUGUGCAUCUCCAGCCUUUGCCAGAUCUGUUGCUGUCUGUCUGAAACUUCACCAGGGAACACUCCUAAUAGAAAUGGCAGAAAAAGUGAAUAACUUCCCACCGCUCCCCAAGUUUAUCCCUCUGAAACCAUGUUUCUACCAGAAUUUUGCUGAUGAGAUUCCCAUCGAUUAUCAGUCUCUGGUGAAGAGAAUCUACCACGUAUGGAUCUUUUACUGCAUCACCCUAGUAGUGAAUAUAGUUGCGUGCCUGGCGUGGUGGAUCGGAGGAGGCUAUGGGGUCAAUUUUGGUUUGGCCAUCCUCUGGCUUAUCCUCUUCAGUCCCUGCGGCUACGUCUGCUGGUUCCGACCUGCGUACAAAGCCUUUCGGUCGGACAGCUCGUUUAAUUUUAUGGCCUUUUUCUUCAUCUUUGGCUCGCAGUUUAUUCUCACGAUCCUGCAGGCGAUUGGUUUCUCCGGAUGGGGAGCUUGCGGAUGGUUGGCAGCCAUUACUUUCUUUAGUACCAAUGUUGCAGCUGCUGUGUUCAUGCUGUUUCCUGCCAUUAUGUUUACAAUGUCAGCGGUCGCAAUGCUCAUCUGCAUUUUAAGGGUACAUAAAAUCUACCGAGGGGCUGGUGGAAGCUUUCAGAAAGCUCAGGACGAGUGGAACAGCGGCACAUGGAGGAACCCCCCCAGCAGGGAGGCCCAGUACAGCAAUUUUUCUGGGAACAGCCUGCCAGAGUAUCCCACAGUGCCCAACUAUCCCCCGGGAAACCAAUGGCCUUAAGCAGCAACAGCUGCAAACUGCCUGGAUUCUCUUCUUUUUGGUCUUUUUAUUAUUGUUAUUCGAAAAGAUCAUUUGCAUUCCCCCCCAGAGCACCCCAGUCAUCUUGGGGACUUUUUUGUUUAUUGUCUCCUCAUCACUGCAGAAGAUACGUGCUGUCAGCCCUUGCCACCUCUGGAGCUCUGCACGGCCUUAUCCAAAAGUUUUUGUUUGCGUUACCAGUAUUUGCCUCAUUGCAGACUGAGGAACCAACCGUUCACUGCCCUUGCUUGAGGGAAUCCUCUCAUCACCGUACGUGAAAAAGGCUGACUUCCCCACGACAGCAAACACGAGUGCUCCUUCUCCGGCCUCCCUGCUUAGUUUUCAUCGUGUCCGCCAAGUCAUCUGCAAUUGUAACAAAUGCAAUCAGAGCGGUAGUAGCAACUGGUGUUUACUCUCCUGGAUGAAUAAUCUGGAAUUUUUCACUCUAAGGGAAAUGCAACACCUAAAUUAUUUGGUACUAGUGAUAUUGAAGGUAUUCGUAAAACCUACAACCUCGUUUGCUUGCGCUCUCUGGUGAAGAAUCCUUUAGAUAACGGUGCUUGCUGUGGGUGAGUGGUGUUCAGAUGUGAAGUCCACAAGAGUCCUCAGUUGUCUGGCUAGGACUGUUGUUAUGCUAGAAGUCUUGCUUUUCCUGCUGCCAAAAGUUUUUGCUGAAUCUGUGUGCUUUGAAGGUGCAGAUUCAUCUCAUUGGGUUAACGAUUGCUCGCUAAAAGCCUGAUUCAAAGCCCAAAGGAAACUAUUGAAAAGUUUGCUGGCGUUGGGCUUUGGACCUGGCUACCUGGGUGAUGUUCACCCUGUUACAGGUAGGCAGCACGAGAUCUCCACGCCAUCUGACUCCCACUUAGAUGGCAUCCAGGUUUUGUGCUGACCCAAGAAAUGCCCUGCUAAACACACCUUGCCCUGUUGGGACGCCCUUUUUUCUGGGCUCCCAGCCAGUAGCCAGAUGCAACAUAACUAUUGAUCUUGGUGCCGGGGCCCUGGUGUGGUUUGGGAGUAAUUCUAUUACAAUAAAAGUUUUUAAUUCUGCCUUCUACCAGUGUAGUUGAAAUCCAAACAUUAGGCAGUGGGGUCUGGUAGACCAAGGAAAGCUUUUAGUCCUCAUAACUGACGUUAGCUGUGCAGACCUGCUCUGCGUCUGUACAGCCAGCAGCACUUUUCGUGUACAAGUAAGGAGAGAUAUUUUUUUUUACCUUUCUCCAAGAAAUCGGCUAAAGAGAGGAUAAAGCUGUUGGGAGGGAUUGUUCUCCCUGAGAGCUAGCAUCCGUCUCGUCGUUCAUCUCCAUUCCGUGCAUGCACAUCAGGACUCCUGUAGCCUGAGCCAUCCAGUUCCCCUGUGUCCUACAGUGAUCCAAGCAGCAAAGGCUGCAGUUUUUUCUUCUCCCUCAACAACCCGCUGUGAAUUUUUUUCAAACCUGUCAAAACUGGGAGGUGAGUUGCUAAUAUUUUUAUAGGGAGUGAGUGUUCAAAGUCUUCAGCUCUGAAAGUUUUGGCCAAUGAUCCUCUGAAGGAUGGAGUGCUCCACUGUGGAGUUGGGCACCCCGGGGGUCAGCCCCAGAGCCUGCCCGGCUCAACAGGCUGGCGGUUGGGAUGCCAGGGUUGUUAUGGUGUAAGUGGAGUCACUCCAAAUUCACACUGAGUAACUGGAAAACCAAAUUGACUCCUGGAAAGGAAAAGUUGUCCUGGCUAGGUGGAAUUGAUUUGCAAGUGAUCUUUUGAAAACUGUCUCUACAUGUGCCUUAUCUAAUAAAAUAUUAGUUCACAAAGGAGAAAUUUCCCUCCCGCAUCACCCCUGCAGAACUUCCCAUUUGCUCUAUUAACUUUUCCUGUGUCAUACUGUAAAUACUAAGUGAGGUACAGCUUGGAGUCUGCAUGACACCUUUCUUACUAGGGCCAAAGCAAAAGCAAACACGAAUCAGAAGGCAGAGCCUCCCUGAAUUUCCAUUUACAAGCAACACUGACACCCUGCUGCAGAACCAGCCUUUUGCUGGGUCUGGGAUAUGUAACGUGCUCCGAACGUGAGGGGUUUUUUUUUCUCUUGGGAGUGUGCAAUGUGCUUGUAAGUACGAACGCUUGAAGCCUUCUCAACAGAACACGACCUGAUCGCGUUGUCAAGCUUUUAGGUGCCUUUGUCUUGUGUCAAGUGUAAUUUUUAAGUGUUCUUUGUCGCUUGCCAUCAGCGUGUGAUAAAAGAACUGCCUGUCGAUUAACUGCCUGGAAAUACGAUUGCACUAUGGGGGAGUGAGGGCAGGUUAACGGGGCCAAAUGCGAGGUUUGCCACGCAUGGAAGCCAGAACGUGGUGAACCCAUGUACCACGCUCCCUCCAGCCCUGCUCCUCGCCAUCCUCACCCUCUUGCCAACAUUUUUCAAAAGCGAUUGGUGUCUGUCCUUCUUCAGCAGGUCAGGUUGGAGAUUUCAAAGGAGGAGAUUUCAAGAGGAGAAGCACUGCCGGGGACUCUGCGUCUUGCUUCUCUUGUCUUUUUUUUUUUUUUCCUUUGGAUAAUCUGGGGGGAUGUUUUGAGGCACUCACGUUCAGUCACAUCAAAAAUGCUUGAUGCAGGAUGAGGGGGUACUUAGGAGCCUGCCCACCAAAAUGGGGGGAGCCAGACACCAAAAUCAUGACCCAUUAGCAUACACUGCCUGAGGUCUCUGAGCUUAAAUGAACUUUUUUUCGUAGGGGGUCUCCCAUCUCUCAUCCCCCCUCCAUCCUCUUCGAUGCCAGAAACCGUAAUUCCAGAAAGUUGACUCAACACGCUGCCUGAACUACCCUGGCUUUUUUUUUUUUUUUUUUGGACUCCUCUCUAUGUUUUUAAAUGUUUACCUUAGAUUUCUAAGACUUCUUAACACCAUUAACCUGGACCUGGCUCCUGGUUUUGUUCGGCAUCACGUGGCGUGGAUGUGUGCGAUGUUUCAUGUCACUUGUGGAGCUCUGGUUUUUGUUUGUGUUUUUUCUCCUGAUCACAAGACAAUA